UACAUCACUUCCGGGGCGCCAGGUUCGCGCCUUUUUGUGCGCGAGAAAGGGCAGCUGGUCUUUCCUAGGGAGAGGUGACGAAAACUAGCUACAGUCGUUCACGAGAAAGGAAUUUUCUAUAGAUUAAAUAUGCAAAUAUUGAAUAAGACAGCAGGAGUAUUUUCCAAGCCAUCAAAAAAGAAAAUUUAUGAAUUUUUAAGAAGUUUUCCUUUUCAUCCUGGAAAACUAUUUCUUCAUAAAUUAGUUUUGGGAAUUGAAACCAGCUGUGAUGAUACAGCAGCUGCUGUGGUGGAUGAAACUGGAAAUGUGUUGGGAGAAGCAAUACAUUCUCAAACUGAAGUUCAUUUAAAAACAGGUGGGAUUAUUCCUCCAGUAGCUCAACAGCUUCACAGAGAAAAUAUUCAACAAAUAGUUCAAGAAGCUCUCUCUGCUAGUAGAGUCUCUCCAAGUGAACUGUCAGCAAUUGCAACUACCAUAAAACCAGGACUUGCUUUAAGCUUGGGGGUAGGCUUAUCAUUUAGCUUACAACUGGUAGACCAAUUUAAAAAGCCCUUCAUUCCCAUCCAUCAUAUGGAGGCUCAUGCACUUACCAUUAGGUUGACCAAUAAAGUAGAAUUUCCUUUCUUGGUUCUUUUGAUUUCUGGAGGUCACUGUCUCUUGGCAUUGGUUCAAGGAGUUUCAGAUUUUCUGCUUCUUGGAAAGUCUCUGGAUAUAGCACCAGGUGACAUGCUUGACAAGGUAGCAAGAAGACUUUCUUUAAUAAAACAUCCAGAGUUUUCCACCAUGAGUGGAGGGAAGGCUAUAGAGCAUUUAGCCAAACAAGGAAAUAAAUUGCAUUUGGAAAUCAAACCUCCCAUGCAGCAUGUUAAAAAUUGUGAUUUUUCUUUUUCUGGAUUUCAAAGCAUUACUGACAGAAUAAUAAUGCAAAAGGAAAAAGAGGAAGGUAUUGAGAAGGGGCAAAUCCUCUCUUCAGCUGCAGAUAUUGCUGCUGCAGUACAGCAUGCAACAGCAUGCCACAUAGCGAAAAGAACACAUCGUGCUAUUCUGUUUUGCAAGCAGAGAGGCUUGUUAUCUCAGACUGGUGCAGUACUGGUUGUCUCUGGAGGUGUUGCAAGUAACCUCUAUAUCCGAAAAGUUCUGGAAAUUGUAACAAAUGCAACACAGUGCACUUUGUUGUGCCCUCCUCCCAGACUGUGCACUGACAAUGGCAUCAUGAUUGCAUGGAAUGGUAUUGAAAGAUUACGUGCUGGUUUGGGCAUUUUACAUGACACAGAAGGCAUCCGCUAUGAACCGAAAUGUCCUCUUGGAGUAGAUAUAUCAAAAGAAGUUGGAGAAGCCGCCAUAAAGAUACCACAUUUAAACAAGAUGAUUUGAUUGUUGCUUAUCAAAAAAAAUCCCUAGAGGUGGUAUUUCAGCUUUAAAAUUGUCUUAAUUUUUUUAAUAUAUCAAACUGUAGAAGAUAUAUGCUAUGAAUUGUUCAUAAGAGCGUUCUCUUAGUGUGAUAUUUAACUUGCUCUUCUGAGAGGCUAUAAUAAUGUUACAGUCAUAUAAAAGAAUAUAAUUUUUAUUAUCAAAAGUAAAACAGCUUGUGGGAAAAAGAAUGUACUAAUGUUGAGAGGCAGAAAGAAAAACUUUGGAAAAAAUAGUGAUUCUGCCAAAUCCUGGCCCUAUAUUCUCUAGGCAUAGAUCUUUUUCUCCCUUUUACAAAAUCAGGAUAGUAGAAGCUAUUUUUUGACCCCUACUGAAUCAUGAGCCUGAAUUCUAUAAUGAGAGAGCAGUUUUAGAAAGGGAGCCAGGUCAAAGUUGUAUCAAAUCAGAGCAUUCCAAAUCAAGACAAAAGAUGACUUUCUAUAAUAGAACAUACGUUCUUAAUUAUUAAAAUAUGUUAAUUAUUCUCUCUGGAGAAAUGGAAUAUGUCUAUUCAUUUCUUAAAAUCCAUCUAAUUUGAAUUUUUAAAAACCUGGCAUGCAAGUAAUUCUUUGUGCGUAUUGUACUCUUUAGUUGGCCACAUCCAUUCAUACCCAUUAUUUUGUAAAUUGAUCAGGUGAAAUAAAUGAGAUGGAAAAGGGUUUUGUUUAUUUAAAGUUUUUGGUAAUUUUCUUUGAAUCUGAAACUUUAAACUGCAGAUAUAAUAUUUUUUUUUCCCUGCCUUGAUUAAAGCAACUGAAUGUAUUGUCCUUGGAGUAUAAGGAUAAUGCUACUGAUAUAUAUAUGUUCUUUGAGAGGUUUUACCAAUAGAGGUGGAUUUAUAUUAAAUCAUCUAUACUGGACCAAGUUGUUACCCUUCCAGUCAGUCACUUGGUAUAUUGAAAAACUGAGGGUUAAGGGUAAAAUUUUAGAGUGAAAAGGUUUCCUAUUUAAUUGUCCCUAAGGUGACCCUCCCUUUUGGGAAGUGCCAUAAGUAAUUCCCUUUUUAGAAUUGUGAUCAUAGAGUAUUGCUUUAUGAUCAUUCAUUUUAUCCUAGAAAUAGAAACUGUAAUUGCAUAUGAAGGAACACAUAGAGAUAGUCAGAGUUCUAAAGCUUUGCAUUCUUUUUCAUUUUAACGAAUUGGGGUGUAGGUAUUAUCUAUCUAUCUUAGUCUAUAAAUAUCAUUUGUAAGAAACUAUUAGUUUAUGAAUUCACAUUUUACAUUUGGAUUUGCAUUCUGUAUCAGGAAUCUGAAUUCACAAAAAAGAAUUCUAAUUAUUUCAUGUGCUAUUCUAUUCAAAGUCCAUAUAAACUAUGGAAGAAAUAUAUAGCAAAAUUUCCUCCCACUACCACAAAUAUUAUAAAAUAGGGAUACCUAAAAUGUAAGUUCUUAAAAUUUCGAAGUAUAAAAAUUGUACAAGGUGUGUAAACACACAUGUCAAAAUUGACAUCAUGAUAUAAAUAAAGGAAACUACAGAUAAAGAAGGCAAAUUCUGGAGUCUUCCAUUUCUUUAGGCCUUUCAGUACUAGGCCAUAGGGGGAAGAAAAAAAGAAGGAAGGGAAGAAAGGAGAAAUAGGAAGGGAAAGGGAGGGAGAAACAUUGAACUCGAUAAUGGCAAGCAUGUGUCCUAACUAAAAGGCAGCUUACAGUACAACUAAAAGGCAAGCAAAUUGCUAAAAUUCCCUAUAUCUUGAGGCCUUUCUCAUCUUAUACAUGACUAAAAAAUAAAAAGGAAAUAAAAAUAAUCCUUAUUGGAGUCAGGGGGCCUUUACUUGGACUUCUGGAGAAAUACUUUAAGUUUUAGGAGUGGUAAGAUGGUCUAAGCCAAAAUAGUCAGUAAAUGUCUAUGUUAUCAAAUACAAAGAACUUCGUUCCUUAUCCCUGAAAAAUACAGUCUAUAGCAUACCUGAAGCUGGUUUCAAAAUAACAGUUGCUGUCAAAGACCUUUCUUACAUUCACAGAUGCUUAAUAUUUUUGUUGACAUGAAUUCUCAUCCUUAACAGUGCUAAAUGAAUGGCAUAGUUUAUUUGAUUUAUCCCUUUCUAGUAUAAAAUAUGCCAUCCCCCUCCCACCUCCAUCACCCUCACAAUUCCUGUAUUUUAGGAACAACCAGAAAGUUGUGACCAAACAAUCUAGAAUUAAAUGUGAAGAUUAAAGAUGUCUCUUACUGUUCAGGGGUUACGAGCAUAGGCUUUGAAGUCAGGCACACCGAAAGCCCUUAGUACAUGUAGGAACCACCAUCAUCAUCAUUGUUAUAUUAAGGCAUGUUGGGGAAAAUAACUAAUUAACAUAUAUGUUCAGUGCUUAUUGCAGCCUAGGUAGAGAUGGAUUAUAGCAGACCCUCAGACUGUAUGGAGGCAAUUGAGCAAAGAGGACACCGAAGCCCAACUUGCUUUGGUAUCUAUCAUAUCCUUCUGCUGCUGUAAAAAAUGAGCAGCAAAUAUAUGCCAAACUUGUAUCUUUUGGAAACCGUGGUCUUUGGCAAAGACAUCAAGAAAAUGGUUCUAAGCCACUGUACACUUUCCAGGGCAAAUCAAAAGUGUGCUCUACAACUAUGGAGAAUGGUAACCCUGGUGGCUACGUUUUUAGCCAUACUUGUGUCCAUUGAUGGGCAAUGAAUUCAGAUUUUAUUUUUAAAUAAAAUGUUUUAAAAGUAUACUUCCAUACAGACUAUAACCCUGGAAAGGAAUAAGAAAAACAGAUAACCUAAGAU